AUGGCUUCUACAAGGCUCCCAAUCCAUCAUAGUCUAAUUACCGUCACUUUUCUCGGUACUGCAUCUGCCCAGCCAUCUUCAACAAGAAACCAUUCAGCUCUUGCCCUACGAUUAGGCUCCGAUGUCUGGCUCUUUGACUGUGGAGAAGCUACCCAGCAUCAGCUGCAGCGGAGCACCGUCAAGAUGGGAAGGAUUGAAAAAAUCUUUAUCACGCAUACUCACGGCGAUCAUAUCUUUGGCUUGCUACCUCUGCUAGCAUCAUGUCUAAAUGGCACCGGCGGACAGAUUGAAGGUGAAGACGAUCCAAGGACGCAUCUGGACAUACAGCAGCCAGUGAGCCUUAGUCCGUUGGAGAUAUAUGGGCCUUUAGGCACCCGAGCCUACGUCCGCAACGGCCUUGCAUAUACGCACUCGCUCCUAGGCAGGCCCUAUGUUGUCCACGAACUCCGUUUUCCCUCAGAUCCAGCAGAUGGAGACUUCACCUCAAUGCCCUCCCUCGCGUCAGAGUCUCCCACAGGUCGAAAUAUCCAACAGACUAACGGAGUCUGGUCGGAUAUCUACUCGGACACCGUCCUCUCUGUCUCAGCUGCACCCAUCUUGCACUCGGCCCCUUGCGUGGGCUAUGUUGUUACCGAAGCCAAGGUCCCAGGAAAGGUGGACCCUAAAAAGUACAUCCCGGACUUAAAGAGAACGAACACGUCAAUGUCCGUCAUGAGGCAGCUGCAGCUAGGCCAAUCUGUGCAGCUCUCCGAUGGUACUAUCCUUCAUGGACCUUCACCAAAAGACGGACGCAAAAUUGUCAUACUUGGGGACACAUAUGACCCAUCCCAGAUCGCAGGAAUUGCCAAAGAAGCAGACUUGCUGAUCCAUGAAGCGACGAAUGCUCAUUUACCCGGCACCGACGAGGACACAAAGGACACGGACACCUAUGAAACAGUCGAGGCGCGAGCAAUAUCAAGGGGCCACUCGACGCCACAGAUGGCAGGGAGGUUUGCGAAAAAAAUCGGAGCUCGGCGUCUGAUUUUAAAUCACUUCUCCUCGAGAUAUGCAGGCAAUGAUGACGUUGACGAGGAGGCGAGAAAGAUCAUGAAUGCUAUUGCUAAGCUGGCGCAGGAUGAAUAUGGCGAUGUAGUGAUGUGCGCACGCGACUUGAUGAGUGUCGAUGUUCGUCAUUCAGAUAGCAAAGAAAUAAAAACGUAG